UGACCGUACGAUGUCACAAGGCCAUAAGGUGUUACCGUCUUUCGACGAGUUGCCGCACUUCAAAGAAUAUUCUGGAUGUGCUUGGGACGUGUGGGGACCCAAUGACCAACUCGGAACCGUGAACCUACUCACAGACGACCUUGUUAAACAAGCGGCGCAGGAAGAGAUCAGGACGGGCAGGGCUGUAUCGCUCAACUGGCCUCUUAAUUUUCCUGAGAAGCCUUUAUUUGGCAGGCGCGAGCCCCAUAUCAGGUCGUUCCUCAAACAUGACACCCCCGUAAGGGAUGAUGAAAUACUAAUUAACACCCAAUCCGGAACUCAGUGGGAUGGGCUGAAGCAUUUCCCGAUUUUGAAACAUGAGAUGUUAUACACAGGCGUGCCUGUGAGAUCGCUGACGACAGGGCAGUUCGCCAUGCCUGAUCCAAUGGAUGUAGACCCUGAACUCAUCAAACUUGGGAUUCAUAAUUGGGCGCAGCAUGGGAUCUGUGGUCGCGGCGUCUUCUUGGAUCUAGUCCGAUACUACACGAAGUCCAAUACUUCCCUCCCUUACGACCCUUGGACCACUCAUGGAAUCUCUGUCGGCGACCUCGAGGCAUGCGCACGCGAGCAGGGUGUCACAUUCCGAAGGGGCGACAUCUUAAUUCUUAGGGUUGGCUUCAUUCAAAGGUACAAUUCUGCAAGUCAGGCGGAGCGGAACGGCUUAGCCGGCAAACCUGAAACAUUUGCUGGAAUAGAGCAAUCGGACGAUAUGAAGCGUUUCAUUUGGAACAAUCACUUCGCUGCAGUUGCAUCUGACCAGCCUGCUUUGGAGAGUUGGCCACCAAAAGGAGGCGAAUACCUACACGAGACGUUUCUCAGUCUCUGGGGAAUGCCGAUCGGCGAGCUUUUCGACCUAGAGGCUCUGUCAAAGAUAUGUGCCGACACCGGAAGAUACACAUUUUUCUUCUCGUCCUGGCCAUUGAACAUACUGGGUGGAACGGCCAGCCCGCCGAAUGCUGCUGCCUACUUCUGAACUUCCGAUAAGUGGAUUAGUUGAAGCACGAAAUCAAGAGUAUACGAGUAGCGUCGAUGAAUCUAGUUGUCAAUAUUUGCCUUCGUCAACUAUAGUACAAGGACCGCGGGCAACGAAACAGAAAGAACCAGCCGGAAAGCGACCGGUAUGCAUGCACGAAGGAAAGCGUCGACAUCUUAAACAUAUGCUUGCUAUCUUGGCCCGAGAGAUGGGUAAGAGGAAGUAAUCGACUGGACGCUCUGGGCUCAUGAGAAAAAUAAGGGGGAAUGACUUAUCAGUAUGUUAGUAGACACAAGAAACAAAGCGUCAGGAAUCGAGGAAGAGAAUUUUAUGGUCAUUUAUUUGG